CUUCCUUAGACCGGACCCCACCACUUACCAUGAUAUCCUCUGUCGCCAGGAUACAGGCCCUGCAGGAACUCGCAUCUCAACGACAGAAGCACACGCCUCAAAACUUCCCUUCCCUCUUCCACCUCACUAUUCAGACAUGCAUCUCUCAUCUCCAGAUCUUUGCCACCUUGGAAGGUCUGCCCUUCCAUCCCUUCGGUCAAGCCCUCUAUGCAGAAUUCACUCACAGAUCGACCCAGUGGCGUCUUACAACAGAACAGCGACAAGCAGGGAUCAUUCUCUUUGCGGAGGCCUACGGAGCUGAGUUUUUGGGACCCGAAUACACUGGACUUCGAUGCUCGCUCGUAAAGGAUAUCCCAUACCUGGGGUCGUUUGCGUACUGUCUCGUUUAUUUAGAUCUGUCUGGAGGGAUUGGUACUGGUGGCGGUGGUGGCGAUGAUCCGGAUUCAAUUGGAUUCAUUGACAAGGAUAUGGCAGGGUUAUCUGCAUUAUCACAGCUUCGGUUCCUGAAUCUUGCGCAGUUGAGGAUCAGCGAUACAGGAUUGAGCCACUUGGUUCGCAGUGUUACGUUUGGAUCAUCAGGCCCUGCAAAACUGGAAUACCUUAAUCUCUCAGGCACGGACGUGACGGAUAUAGGUCUCGCCAGGAUCUUUGGUCGACAAGAGCAACAGCAUCAGCAGAAACAACCGGUAUUCAAGCGACUGUUGGGAAUCGACCUGACAAAUUCGAAAGUCCAUGAGGAGGUCGCGGAGUCUUUCUUUCAGGGAUAUCAUUCAGCACCGUGGAGGCGGUUGCCGAGCCAAACAAUUCUAUUCCCUGAGCUGACCACGAGUGAGCGAAAUAAGACUGUAAAGGACAAUGGGACCAGCUAUUAUAAUGAGCAAGGAUCGGACAUUAACCCGAUGCAGAGAUGGGUCGAUCGACUGAAUCGGAUUUACAAUUUGUCGUUCGCGCAGCGGCCGGAUUUUGCAAAGGAAGACGGAGUAGGGCUAUCGGAAUGUCUAGCUCUUGCAAAACUAGGGCAAAUCUAUCUUCACCCUCUAUCUGAUCCGGUACCACAACACCAACUUGAAUAUCAGCGUCGCGGAGAGGAGUUUAAGAUGAACGCUCUGAUGAGACGCAUGUGCUCCAAGAGGAACCGCCGGUAUGUUCAGGAAUUGGAGGGGGUCAUGAAGGCGAUGAAGAAGGAGAAGGCACCCGCACAACAGACAGAACUGGACCAUAUGUUCAACUUAAACACGUACCAAAAGAUUUUGAAUGCCAUACGGUCGACAUUUGGCACGCUUUAUCGGCCCAGAUCCUCUAAAAAGGGGACAACCGGAGCGAAGGGACGCCUAGCAUUUGUUCGGAGCAGGAGCGAUGUGGAAAUGGUGCUGGAUAACAUAGGUGAGGACGAAAUUACUCCAUCGCGGACGGUCCAGGACACCCGAGCGCUGACACUGGAGAAGAAUUCCGAUGGAGUAGUGAAGGCGAAAAUUAAGAGCCGAUACGAUCGACCAACUGCACCCAGUAUUCCUAAACUGCCUACGCUACCAACUGACAGUGCUCCGCCGCCUAAGCAACGAUACAACAAUUCUCCAGAGUCGCCAUUCACGUCUUCAAGUCCGUUUUUGAAGAAAGCAAAAGUACCGACAUUACCUUUUAUCAAGCUGGAACCUAUCGAAAUCUCUGACAACCGCCUUUCUGGCCGAGGGCGCGGAGCAAACUCUUUCGUGGUGCAGCAUCAACCCUUUGUCAAGCCUGCAUUGGAACAAACAUCCCGCAACAUCUUCAUGACCACUCAACCCGCCAAAGUCGAGGAGCAGCAACCUACAAUGCCACCAAAAACGUCUGCUAAAGCUCUUACACGUGGACGUCAGACCUCGUCAGCAAGUAUGAUGGAGAGCUGGGUCAUGCACCCCAAGUCGACUACCUCUACCCCCUCAAAGAUCUCAUCUUUCUCAGGGAAGAAACGCACUUUAUCAGACACCAGGACUAACAGCGGCAGUCAACAACAAAACAUUAUACGGGACUUUCGACCCAAGGAAGAAAACCAGGACACUGUCAACCUAGAUCGAUGGAUUCGAUCAGGAUCUGUCGUUCGCGGUGGAAAGAACAUGUCGGAGAACAGCAACCGUGGAGGAGACGGGCCACCGCGUAAAGUGAUUCGGUUUGAUUCAAAGGACGAGUUAUUUGCAGACAAGAACGACUUGCAUUCCACAGAUGAGUUUCAGGAUACAUAAUAAAAAUGACCUUGGCUCCUUUCAAC